AUGUGGUACUGGCCCGAAGAGAAGAACGUUUACAAGCUGCUGUCGAUGAGUCGUGUGGAGACAAUGUACCAGUGGGCUCAGAAGUAUGCCUUCUUCAGGAAGCACUACCAGGCAGGUACGAUGUCGCCUGAGGCCUGGCGAACGCUUGACUCUGCCUAUGACAACAUCUACAGCGAGAAAUCGCGCUAUCUGUACGACUUCUGGGGGCCUGGCCACGAGGAGAUGUCACUGUACGAAACACAAGUAAACGUCGGACUUUUCUAUUGUCUGUGGAUCGCCAUCAUUUACGCCGUCACGACACCCAAGGCGACGCAGGCGGCCAGCAAAUUCUCGUUUGUGGCUCUUGUUGCUCUAAUGGCUCUUGAAAUCACUGUCCGGUUGACCCGCUACGACCCGGUGAUCAAAGAAAUCUCCCCGUUCACAACACCGCGCGAGUUUCUGCUGUGGGGUCACCGGUUCUUCCCGAUUCUCGUUUUCACCAUGGUUUCCAUUAAGAAGGUGUUUUACGUGGACCUGGAGAAACACCACCAACGCGUUCUCGUCCACAUGCUGGAAAAGAAUAUGGAAACGGUGGAAGAACUGCAGAGUUUGAACCGAGAAUUAUUGCCGGAACGUGGAAGCACCAACGAAACUAAGAAAAAGAAGUAA